UGAAGGGAAAACCCAGAAGAAAAAGUAAAUGAAGAAUCUCGUUACCACAAAAACUAAAUUUUUUCCUUUCCUGUCAAAAAACUCUUCUUCCUACGGGAGGUUAUUUCACAGGCGCGAAAACCAACUAACAUAAGUUUCAGAGAAAUGUUUUUCAGGUAAGCAACUUCCUAGAGAACUUUGUUACUCGUGCAUCACCCUACAAAUAAAGAGAUCAUAAUCGACACCUUCUCUGCUGCUUCUGUUUUUCGCAAUGUAAAUAGAAAAGAUACGAAAAGAGCCAGCCAAUAAAAAUAUCUCAACAGACGCACAGAAACUACCACGCUACUCAGUCAGUUAUAGGUACAGUGAGAAACCAGCACAUGAAAAGCUGCUUGUGCAGAAAGGAAUUGAUCAAGUUUUCUUGCUCUCCCUUUCUGCUUGUUCACUUCUUUUUUUCGUAAUUACGGAUCUUUUUCCGCUUUUUAAAAAAUUAAUUUCAUUUCCAUUUUCCGAAGCAUCUCCGAAAAGUGUCUCGUUAAGCAUACUCCUUAAUUUGAGUUUACAACGCAUUCUGCAGUUUUCCAAAUAGGUGUGCGAUCCAACAUCCAUUGCAUAACGGGAAGAAUGUAGAACAUUUGACUGCAACAAAACUCAAAAGAUUAUAUCCUAAACCCGUAAGAGAUUUUUACUAAACUUUAUAGGUAUUAAUUAUUAUAAACCCUUAGGGUUUAUAACCAUUUUUUAAGCAGGUCGUUUGCAAAACCUUUCGAAGGUUUAUAAUUAUAAAAUACCUUUGAGGAUUUAGUAAAAAAAUGCUAAAGGUUUAGGAAAAAUCCUUUGGGGUUUUUAACAAAAAAUAAGAAACCUUUAGGGUUUUUCUUGGUACAUGAAAAACCUUUUGACUUAAAACAGAACAUGUUUUUUCUAGUAAACCCCUCGUGAAAAACCGUUAAGGGUUUAGUAAGCGUACUAAACCUUGUUAAAAAACCUUUGAAGGUUUAAGAUCGAUGAUAAAUCUUUCGAAAAAACCUUUAAGGGUUUUUUAAGGGGUUUAGUUCGCUUACUAAACCCUUUAAGGUUUAGUAAAUGACGCUUUUUUUUUAGAGUGUGGGCGAGUCCGGUUAUUUUACCAAUUUCCAAAAAAGCUUUCAAGUUCUGGAGUCCGAGUCCGCAAUUUUUUCUUGACUGUAUUCGAGUCUAGUCAGAAUUCGCUGGAGUCCGGACUCGGACUCGCCCAUAUCUGCGUCGCAAAGUUGGGAGUCUGAUAUCUUCUACCUGAAAACGGCACCACAUAAUCCUUAAGAAAUACGUCGGAAAGUGCUGGCAAUUUUUGUCUCCUUUCAACAAUCUUCGAAGGCUAAUUAGAAAGACGGGGAGAAGGAGUUUCUACAUUUCUGAAUAAGGCGUAUAUCUGGUUUCAAUUUAGCUAUCGACAUUGGCCAUGUCUCAAUACCGUAUGUUAAAGGCGAUGGUAAUUGUCUCUAUAAUUCAAUUGCUUUAUUAGCAUCAUUACCGAAUCAUUUUGUGGUUGAACUUCGUGUUCGUAAUAUUAUUGAAAUGGCUGUUCAUGUUGACGAUUAUUUACGAAGAUAUUCAGAUUAUGAUACUAAUUUAAAACAAUAUUUGAUAACAAACAUGAUCAAUGAUGAAGCGUGGGCUCAGGCAUGGGAUUUGUUCGGUCUUUGUACUGUAUUAAACUGUAAUAUCAGAUCUAUUUAUCCUUCCGUGCCGAUUACCAUUUCAACUGAAUCGUCGCCAGUUUUAGCGUCGCCGAAAUUACCGCCUAAUACUGAUGUAAUAACUUUAAAUCAAGUAUUCUCACCUAUUCGUCUAACUUCUGUUUGUACGGUGAAUACAAUAUUUAUAUUAUGGACAAACACUAUUAGCAUUGAUGAUUGGCGUGCAAGAAGGCUACCGUUGUGGUACCCAAAUCACUUCGUUCCAUUGUUAAAGUCACAAGGGGUAAAAGUUUUAGAAGAAUUCAGUGGCGAGUAA